ACGUUGGCUUGGCAACCAACUAACAAUUUUGUUUACCUAGCUAGCUAGCUAGAUUUAUAAUUUGCAAGUCGUGAUUUGUUGGCUAAAAAGAUGAUAGAUCCUGCUUUAAGUUCUUUGGGUGCUCAGAUUGUCUUGGCUGCGUCCAGUGACGAGAAUCAUCCUCCAGAAAACAUUAUUGACGGGAACACUGAAACAUUUUGGAUGUCCACUGGAAUGUUUCCACAGGAGUUCAUAAUCUGCUUUGCUGAAUCUAUGAAAAUUGCCCUUGUGACAAUGCACUGUUAUAAUGUUAAGACUCUUAAAAUUGAGAAGAGCAUCUCAGAUGAUGCUACUGACUUUCUGGCUAUUUCAGAAAAGGAAUUUGAACACACAGAGGGGCAUCUUCAAACAAAUGAUAUUCCACUAAAUGGAACGACUGCAACACACUUGCGCUUCAUCAUUACCUCUGGAUAUGACCAUUUUGUCUCAGUACACAGGGUCAGUGUGGAGUGAUGAAAUAUAUAGUACCUUCUCAUAAUGUAUAUCUCUACUUAUUAAGGAGUUUGUCUGAAUAUCUAAUAUGUUUUACAUUGUAUUGUCUUUUUGUUGUUGUGUAUAUUUUUUAAAUAAUGAAACAGGAGUUAAUGUUACAUCACCUGAGGCCCAAUUAAUAGUUUGUUUUAUUCUACCUGUUCACCAAAUACAAAUUGUAAUACAAUCUGUUGAAUAAAUCAGACUACAAUUGUAAUCUGAAAACAA